UCUAAUUUAUUCUGGUUUUCCAAAUUUGCCCAUUCUUCUGUUUCUCUUCUAAAAAGAACAGAAAAACCUUGCUUCAGCAUCUCAAUUCCUGUUGCAGAAUAUGGCAACCAGUAUAGCUUCUGGCAGUGCAAAUCUACAGUUUCUGGAGGUGGGUUGCUGGCAGCCCAGUUUGUUUUCGCGGUCCAUAUCUCAGAAUUGUGGUCAAAAGUUUUCAUGGUCGCGUGGGGGUUUCAACAAUUUUCAAAUCAAACAUUAUACAGCUGGUGAAACUCGAAGACCAUUUUCAUCAAUAAUAAAAUCUUGUAUGAGAGAUGAUUCUACAAAGUAUUUUGAUUUUGCUGUUAUUGGUAGUGGAGUUGCCGGUCUUCGAUAUGCUCUUGAGGUUGCAAAACAUGGGACUGUUGCUGUCAUAACAAAAGCUGAGCCUCAUGAAAGCAAUACUAAUUAUGCACAGGGUGGUGUUAGUGCCGUGUUGUCCCAUUCUGAUUCAGUUGAGAGUCAUAUGCAAGAUACCAUAGUCGCAGGGGCUUAUUUAUGCGAUGAGGAGACUGUCCGAGUGGUGUGCACUGAAGGACCCGAGAGAAUUAGGGAAUUAAUAGCCAUGGGUGCCUCAUUUGAUCACGGUGAAGAUGGAAACCUACAUCUAGCAAGAGAAGGUGGUCAUUCUCAUCAUAGAAUAGUACAUGCUGCUGAUAUGACAGGAAGAGAAAUUGAAAGAGCACUUCUCAAGGCAAUUGAAAAAGAUUCCAACAUCUGUGUCUUCAAGCAUCAUUUUGCAAUUGACUUGCUGACUUCCCAGGAUGGAUCGCAGAUGGUUUGCCAUGGCGUUGACACUAUGAAUACAGAAACUCACAAGGUGGUACGAUUUAUUUCAAAGGUGACUUUACUUGCUUCAGGGGGUGCAGGACAUAUCUAUCCAUCUACUACAAACCCAUUGGUAGCUACAGGAGAUGGAAUAGCAAUGGCGCAUCGAGCCCAGGCUGUAAUUUCAAACAUGGAAUUUGUGCAGUUUCAUCCAACUGCAUUAGCAGAUGCAGGCCUUCCGAUCAAACCAACACAAACCCGUGAGAAUGCAUUCUUGAUCACUGAAGCUGUCAGGGGUGAUGGGGGUCUUCUGUAUAAUCUUGACAUGGAAAGGUUCAUGCCUAUGUAUGAUGAACGGGCAGAGCUGGCACCAAGAGACGUUGUGGCUAGAAGUAUAGAUGAUCAGCUUAAAAAACGCAAUGAGAGAUAUGUUCUUUUAGACAUUAGUCACAAGGCCCGAGAGGACAUUCUUUCUCAUUUUCCAAAUAUUGCCGCUGAGUGUCUCAAAUAUGGCCUCGAUAUAACUUGUGACCCGAUCCCAGUUGUUCCUGCUGCUCAUUACAUGUGUGGAGGAGUUCGGGCUGGUCUUCAAGGGGAAACAAAUGUUCGUGGACUUUAUGUGGCAGGCGAGGUUGCCUGCACUGGAUUACACGGAGCAAACAGACUUGCUAGCAACUCAUUGUUAGAAGCACUGGUAUUUGCACGCAGGGCUGUGAAUCCUUCAAUUGAACACAUGAAAGACUCCCACAUUGGUCAAAGUGUUUCACAGUGGUGGGACCCGCCCGUUGUUCCCAUGCAGUUAGGGUGCACAAUUCUGGACAAGAUCAUCAGAAGGACAAAGGAUGUCAGAAAGGAAUUACAGUCAAUCAUGUGGGAGUAUGUUGGAAUCGUGAGGUCCACCACACGGCUAAAGGCUGCUGAGCGGAGGAUCGGAGAACUUGAACUUGAAUGGGAAGCUUACUUGUUUCAACAAGGGUGGGAACCAACAAUGGUGGGGCUCGAUGCUUGUGAAAUGAGAAACCUGUUUUGCUGUGCUAAACUGGUGGUUAGCAGUGCGUUGACUAGACAUGAAAGCCGUGGUCUCCAUUACACCAUUGAUUUCCCGCAUGUUAAUGAACAAUCAAGGUUGCCAACUAUCAUCUUCCCUUGUUCAACUGUGAAUGGGACUUGGAGCUCUAGACAACUUCACAAGCAACAGAUAUGUUAGUGGAAGCUGCAGUGGACCAUUUUGACCAACUGAUUAUUUAUGUAAUAAACAAAUCAAAGGAAAUUCAAAAGGAAAGAAAGGUACAUCUUGUUUUUCCCCUAUUAUAUUAUACUGUAAUUGAAUUAAAAUAUUAUAGCAAGAUUCAGCGUUUUUGACAA